CGUAUAAAUCCCAGCCCCUUUUCCCUAGUCUGUCCAAACAGCAACAUGCAGACACCCCGAAGUGGAUUUUAGUCGAAGGGAAUACAUUAAGAAGAAAACUGCAAGUCGAUCUGUAACCACUGUGAAACAGCUGCCAUAGACAAAGUUCUGACACACAACAAAAAUGGCUGGACUCAAGUACAUGAGCGGUUUCGGGAACGAGUUCUCAUCUGAAGACCCUCGCUGUCCUGGAUCCUUACCCGAGGGACAGAAUAAUCCCCAAGUCUGCCCAUAUGGCCUCUAUGCUGAGCAGCUCUCCGGCUCUGCCUUCACCUGCCCGCGUCCAGCCAAUAAGAGGAGCUGGUUGUACCGCAUCCUUCCAUCUGUUAAACACAAGCCAUUCACCUCGGUUCCCUGUGGGGAUCUAACAGAGAACUGGAACGAAGUGGAGCCUGAUCCUAACCAGCUUCGAUGGCUGCCAUUCACCAUCCCCAAAACUACAGAGAAGAAAGUGGACUUUGUGGCUGGUUUGCACACUCUCUGCGGUGCUGGAGAUGCCAAAUCUCGUAAUGGCAUUGGAGUCCAUGUGUACACCUGUAACACCUCCAUGGUCGACAGGUGCUUCAACAACUCAGACGGAGACUUUCUGAUUGUCCCUCAGCAGGGAGAGAUCUUGAUCACCACAGAGUUUGGGAAGAUGAUGGUCGAGCCGAACGAGAUCUGUGUCAUCCAGCAAGGGAUGCGCUUCAGUGUGGAUGUGUUUGGGGAAACCAGAGGCUACAUACUCGAGGUGUAUGGUGCCCAUUUUGAACUGCCUGACCUUGGCCCAAUAGGAGCCAAUGGUCUGGCUAACCCAAGAGACUUCCUGUGUCCCGUUGCAUGGUAUGAAGAUCGCAAAGUGCCCACUGGUUACACCGUCAUCAAUAAAUACCAGGGGAAGCUGUUUGCAUGCCAACAGGAUUUCUCGCCAUUCAAUGUGGUCGCCUGGCACGGUAACUACACGCCUUACAAAUACAACCUGAAGAACUUCAUGGUUAUCAACUGUGUGGCCUUCGACCAUGCGGAUCCAUCUAUCUUUACUGUGCUGACUGCCAAAUCCACUAGACCAGGGGUUGCCAUUGCUGACUUUGUCAUCUUCCCCCCACGGUGGGGUGUGGCUGACCACACCUUCCGCCCACCAUACUAUCACCGUAACUGCAUGAGUGAAUUCAUGGGUCUGAUCAAAGGCCAUUAUGAGGCCAAAGAGGAGGGUUUCCAGCCAGGAGGGGCCAGCCUCCACAGCAUAAUGACCCCGCACGGCCCGGACGUGGACUGCUUUGAGAAGAACAGCACUGCUGAACUCAAACCUCAGAGGGUGGCUGAGGGAACCAUGGCUUUUAUGUUCGAGUCGUCCUUCAGCAUGGCGGUGACGAAGUGGGGUCUUCAUACAUGCCAGAAGCUUGACAAGAACUACUACCAAUGUUGGGAACCUCUACGCAGCCACUUUAACCCCAACUGGAAGCCGGGCAAACAGUAGAAACCCAGCGAUUCAGAAUGCAUUAAGAGCGAACAAAUCAAAAUAAAUAUGUCAAAAUAAAAAUUUCACUUUAUAAAUGUAACCAAGCAAUCCAACGAUUUAUUUGUGUUCCCCGAGUAGAUCUGUUGACAGAAUAAACAGGAAGAAUAAAGUAAUUUCCUUCUCACAGAAGUAUAAAACCAAA